AUGAACGUCCUGGACAUCGUGCCUAUCGGCCCCAAGGAGCCACUUCCCAGCGAUCUGAUCAACAUCACUGACUUUGAAUGGAAGCUUGUAUGGCAAGACUAUUUGCCAAACCUGGCAAGUUUUGCACUUGGUGCGUAUGAACGACCUGUGGCAGACUAUCUCGACGCCGAAACCCUCAAAAACUCCUACCAGGCUGCCUAUCGUCUACUGCUUGCACGAAAGCUGGCUGAUGUAUUGUCGACCGAUCUCGACCGCAACAAAACAGUGCUUGCGACAAGACGUUACCAGACGCAAACAGUGGUUAUGGUACCAACAUUUGUCUACGUUGUUGAAGUGAAAUAUCAGCUACCGAUCAAUGCCUCUGGGAUCCCGCAUUCAUUCUCAAGUUCGACCUACGACCACUUCUACGUUGCAAUGUCGAAUCUCACAGCCGGUACACCUCUGCCAGCAUGGACCGAUGAAAGGUUCUUCUAUGUCCCAUUCCAGGACGUAGAUAGUCGCAACGCUUCUGCGAACCUUUACCGCGUGAGAACGCCUGCUGUCAGCGCCUCGUUGCAUUGUUAUUCAAUGUAUCAAAAAUCACUUGGAAAGAACUUGACGUGGGACAUCCCAGCUGGUAGCCCAAGUUGUAACCUCUCAUCACUACAAACUUACAAGAGCGUGGAGUCGCGAUCACCUGAAGCCAUCGAAUACAUGAGCUUUGAUAACUCUUAUUCGAGUAACAAUCAUACUUCGGGCUGCGAGCUCACCGUCUUAGCUGGAUGGGGUAGAUCAUCCAAGAGAUCUAUAGAACAACCUCUAGAUGCAUCCUGGAUCGGUUGUCAGCCUCAGCUUCAUGUCGAGCUCCGCGAAGUCAUGGUUGAUCACAAAGGCCUUGUUCAGUCCUCGACACCCAUAAAUGACACUAUGGACCACGAAAAUCGAUAUCUCCAGGCUGGGUCUAGCGAUAUUCUCGAUGCCUUUCACACGUUGCUUACACUGUCGAUCGCUCCGAAAUAUCCAUAUGUUUCUUCCAAGCCGUAUCACAACGAUUCGUAUCCUAGCGACUUUGUCAAUUACCUCUUGGCACAGACAUUGAACAGUUCGGCAACUCUGGAUCCUCAUCUUCCACCACCAUCUUUCAACACGACCGCGCCAAUUGUGGAAGCUCUGUAUGCCAGGAUAUUCGCGAUUGUGCUCGGCACGCGCAUCAAUACCAUACUUCAACCUUCGAACAAGACAAUCGUCGUUGCAGGUUCUGUGCUCUCGCCAGAAAUACAUCUGGAAGAGACCAGAGUUACAGAGCUCAAGGGCUAA